CGAGGACAGAGCAGGGAGUGUUUCUGUUUCUGGGAAGGAUUUUCCGUCGUGUUGCCGACAUAAGAGGAGGAAAUACAAAGUGAGUUGAAUUCCGUGCUGUUUAGACGCUGGAGAGGAACGCUUUUUUUGUUCAAAGAGGAUUAUAUUGAGUGAGAUUGCUCAGAUUGGUCAUUGCUGCCGUCGUUCUGGAAUAUUAUCAGCUCUUAGGAUUAUUGCCAGACAACUGGAUCAAAUCUCCUAAAUCACCAAUCCUUCCUCAUGAGGAAAGAUGGGGAACGGAUUGUCAGAGCAGCCCGGCUUCAUCUCAAACAUCCCGUUCUUUCAGUCGUUCCACAUCGCCAUCCUGGGCCUGGACUCUGCAGGGAAGACCACCGUCCUGUACAGACUCCAGUUCAAUGAGUUUGUGAACACGGUGCCCACCAAAGGUUUCAAUGCAGAGAAGGUGAAACUGUCUCUGGGCGGCCACAGGACCGGGACGUUCCACUUCUGGGAUGUAGGCGGUCAGGAGAAGCUUCGCCCUUUGUGGAAGUCGUACACGCGAUGCACGGACGGCAUCAUUUUCGUGGUGGACUCUGUCGACGCGGAGCGCAUGGAGGAGGCUAAGACGGAGCUCCAUAAGAUCGCCAAGACGUCUGAGAAUCAGGGGGUGCCUCUGUUGGUGGUCGCCAACAAACAGGACUUAAGGCACUCUUUGGGACUAGCGGAAAUUGAGAAACUGUUGGCGCUGAAAGAACUGGGCCCUGCGACCCCUUGGCACCUGCAGCCAGCCUGCGCCAUCAUCGGAGACGGACUUAGAGAUGGCCUGGAGAAACUCCAUGACAUGAUCCUCAAAAGGAGGAAGGCACUCCGGCAGCAGAGGAAAAAGAGAUAAAGUCAUCAUGAGAAAGACUUGUGACUGCUUUUUUUUUUUUUUUUUUUUAAAUGAAGGAAAUUAAGGAUGCUCUUCUCUCCUUUCCUCUUCUGGGUGCAGGUCCAGAUUCAUCAUGCUGAGUUUUAUCAGUCCAAAAUUGAGAUGUAGGAUUCCCGGCUUUGGUGUUGUGAUGAUGCUGUUGAUCAGGAAGUGAUACAAAAAGAGGAUUACAGUAUGAAGAUGAGAAAGUUUCAGACAUGUAUGGAUAUGUUUAUAAAGAGUUUAUACAGAUCAAAAGCACUGAGGGUUUGGUGGCUGGAUGGGUGAUAGAAGUGGAUGCUGUAUGUUUCAUGAAUGGCUUUUCCAAAAUAUUUUACCAAAAAUAAUUUAAGACAAGUUUUCACUAGUUGAAGGGUAAAUUGGUGAGCGAUUGAAGGUUAUUACACCAGGGGUUCAAUGAAUCAUCAGUUUAAUUUCACUGUUUUAUAUGUAAUUUGUUCAUGUUUUUUACACUGGACUUUCUUUGUUCAAGAAAAGUAUUACCAUGCAUUAUUAUCGGUUUGUUUGAUGGCUUUUAUCUCUCAUUUUUAAGAGCACUUUAGAUUAUUACUUCGUAUGAAGUUUACAAGUUUAAAUAGAACAAAUGUGUUGGAUUUUCACAGAAAUGUUUGGGCAGAAAACAGAUGCUACUGUAGCUGGUCCAUGUUGACAACAUUGUCAUUAGACAGGUUAUGCAUUAUGUUUUGCUUAAUAAAGCACAUUUAGAGCAA